UUGUUCGGGGGCAGAACAGCAGAUGUUUGUUUUAACCUUGUCACCUCGGGGGAUUCCUUCUAGCAACCUUUCGGUUACUGGCCCAACGUUCUAACCACUAGACUACCUGCCACCCCAUAGCAUCCCAUUAAAGCUACAUUUAUUAGGGGGUUUAAGAAACAGCAGAAACUCUCCCACUUUUUAGGCCCACGUGCCAGGGUUUUCCAGUGUUAAGAACACGUGUGGUAGCCCAAGCACAUGAUAACGUACUAUUGGUAGGCCUAUCAGGAGGAUAUGCAUUCCACGCCAUAAUGACCUCAUCUGACUCCAUUUUCCACUGUCACUAAAAAGAAUGGAUUGUUCCAACUGAUAUUCAAUGAAACUAGCAUCAAAUAUUAGAUUAUCAAUGCCUCGUCAGAUAAUACUGAUGGAAACAGUUCCCCUGUGUUUCUAAGAGCCCUGCCCAUUGUCACUCCUCAUCCCCAAAGGCCAAAGCACAAAUGGUGGGUGAUUUAGAUGAUUUAAUCAUCUGUGUUAUAUAUAUCAUUCUCUUCUUUCUUUCCAUCCCUCAGUUCCCCCAACUGCUUCAACCUUCAGUCUCUUCCGCAACAGACAGGGAAUCUCUUUGCCUUUGUAGGUCUAAGGUGGCCAGGUGUCUUUAGGAUAUUUUCCAGCUCAGGACAUUCAGCCAUCUACCAACCAACAAGCACAAUACUUAAAAACAGUUCCAACAAGCGUAGGUGUUUCCUUCAGGACGUGACAGAUACCCGUGCUCCCUGUGCCUCUAACCUCCUGCCGAACUGUCCAGGAUGUGGCCAGUGCUGUUUGGUGUGUUCACUGCUUUGGCGGUGGCCUGGGUAACCGUCUACAUUCUAAAUUAUUCCAAGAGAAAGAGGGUCUUUUCCCAGGAAUGCCUGCGACCACCGGGGCCAUUGGUGACCGACAAGAAGCAGAGAGAUGAGGUGCUGAAGAAAGGUUUCAGAGUGGACCGUGUCCCGGAGAACCUUGACGCUAUAGUGAUUGGCAGCGGUAUCGGGGGGCUGACAGCAGCAGCGGUUCUAGCCAAAGCAGGGAAGAGGGUUGUGGUUCUAGAGCAGCAUGACCAGGCUGGGGGGUGCACUCACACCUUUGAGAACCAGGGCUUUGAGUUUGACGUAGGGAUCCACUACCUGGGCCAGCUCCAUGAGAACAGCAUGUUUCGUGUGGCCCUGGACCAGAUCAGUGAGGGCCAGAUCCAGUUCAACAGGUUGGAGCAGCACUUUGACACACUGAUCCUAGGUCAGGGUGAAGACCGCAGGGACUACCACAUCCUCUCUGGGAAGACGGAGAUGGCAGAGAGCCUGAAGAGGCAGUUUCCUGAUGACGUGGAGGCCUUGAAUGAAUAUUUCAAGUAUAUGAAGAAGGCAGCUCGUCGUAUCAAUCUCCUGGCCGGCCUCAAGAUGAUGCCCAUGUGGCUGGUAGACUUCCUGGCUCGGACCGGCCUAUUAGAGCGCAUCUCCUCAGUGUUCCGCAUGGCCAUCACCAAACACACAGAGAAGAUGGCCACUCUGACCAAGAACAAAGACCUGCACGCCCUCUCCGCAUACCUCUUCUAUGGUGUUCCCCCUAAGGAAUCCAGUUUCCUAAUGAAUACUCUACUGCUGCAGCACUAUAAGAGGGGAGCCUACUACCCCAUUGGAGGGGCCAGUGAGAUCGCCUUCCACAUCAUCCCAGUCAUCCGGAAGGCAGGUGGCGCUGUGCUGGUCAGAGCCCCUGUACAGACGGUCCUUCUGAAUGAGGAGGGCUCAGCGUAUGGUGUGACGGUGAGGAAAGGUCAGGAGGAGGUGGAGGUGUUGGCUCCAGUGGUCAUCUCCAACGCUGGCAUCUUCAACACCUUUGAGAAGUUCCUGCCCCCAGAGAUACAGGCCAAGCCGGACGUCCAGGCCCUGCUGGGGAGGAUGCAGCAUGGAAUGGGCAACUUCCUGGUGUUUGUGGGUCUGGACGGCACGAAGGAGGAGCUGGGCAUCACCUCUAUGAACUACUGGAUGUACAAAGAAAACGACCUGGACACACUGAUGGAGCGCUACAGCUCUCUGAGCCGAGAGGAGGUGGUGGGGAACAUCCCCAUGAUGUUCAUUCAUUCCCCCUCUGCCAAAGACCCCACCUCCGGUACCCGCCAUCCAGGGAAGUCCUGUAUGACUCUGUUGACCAUGGCCAAGUUUGAGUGGUUUGAGGACUGGAAAGAUACCAAGAUAAACAAGAGAGGGCCCGAUUACGAAGACCUGAAGAUGAGCAUGGCCAAGGAGCUCCUAGACUGGGCACUGGUUGUCUUCCCUCAGCUUAGGGAUAAGGUGGUGUAUAUGGAGGCUUCCACUCCCCUGACCAACAUGCACUACUUGGGCGCCCCACGUGGGGAGAUGUAUGGGGCUGAACACAACUUGGACCGCUUCAGCCCGGAGACGGUGGCCAGAACCCGGCCCCCCACCCCGGUCAAGGGACUCUACCUCACCGGCCAGGACGUGUUCUGUAACGGGAUGGCCGGUGCUCUGCACGGAGGAAUCCUGUGUGCCUCGACAGUUCUGGACCGUAUUCUCUACAUGGACCUCCUAGCGCUGAAGAAACAGCUCAAAAAGCAGGCUCGUGAAAAGGCUCGUAACAAGGCCUGAGAAACUAUUUGGACACAGCACUGACCACAGUCAAAAUCAUUACAUAAACCAAUACCGUGUAGGCUACUGCAUACAGUAUGUCACAUUUCUUCACCCUAUCUAUCACCCUAUCUAUGACCCUGUCUAUGACCCUGCCUAUCACCCUGUCUAUGACCCUGUCUAUGACCCUGUCUAUCACCUUGUCUAUCACCUUGUCUAUCGCCCUAUCUAUGACCCUGUCUAUGACCCUGCCUAUCACCCUGCCUAUCACCCUGUCUAUGACCCUGUCUAUGACCCUGUCUAUCACCUUGUCUAUCACCUUGUCUAUCGCCCUAUCUAUGACCCUAUCUAUCACCCUAUCUAUGACCCUGUCUAUGACCCUGCCUAUCACCCUGUCUAUGACCCUGUCUAUCACCCUGUCUAUCACCUUGUCUAUCGCCCUAUCUAUGACCCUGUCUAUCACCCUUUCUAUCACCCUGUCUAUGACCCUGUCUAUGACCCUGUCUAUCAGUUUCAUGUAAAAGUACCAUGUUGUCUUAUAUUGAAUGAAAAUACGGUGUCUUUCUUUCUUACCUGUUAUGGUUACACGUUGCCAUCUCUUUAGCUUUGUUUAAUGAUGUUCGGAAAAAAAGUGACAUCACUGGAUUCCUCACAGUCGUAAAUGAUUGCUACUCUUUAGUCAGAUCGCAGGCAGAAACAUGGGUGUGUUUUAUGUUUCGUUUCCAUUGAAGUGCUUCUGUGGGAUAGACACAACUCAUUAAGGUGCACUUUGCACCCCCCUCUCCACUGCGGGUAGUUUCAACCAGAUUAUGUUCAAAUAAUACUUGUUACAAUCCAUUGUAACCAAGUAAUGCUGUUACUGUAGUACCUAUCACUGUUACACUGUGCUUACACUGCUGUACGUUUUGCACCUAGUACUGUAGACAGACACCAGGUAGGUUUCAGCUUGUCCUGUUCUAUCGACUCAAAUGGCAGAUAGGAGAAAAUAAGUCACUCUCACUGCACCUCACGUCUCAGUACAAACACUAUGCUGGGAACUGGACAUUGAACUCCCAUGCCAUUAAAAUCACUUAAACAUUCACGACAAGUGUUACUGUGCCUUCGGAAAGUAUUCAGACCCCUUGACUUUUUCCACAUUUUGUUACGUUACAGCCUUAUUCUAACAUGGAUGAAAUAAAAAAUAAUGUCCU